AUGUUGACGGGGAGGGCGUUUCUCGACGAAACGGCCACAGUUAGCGACGAUGACGACCCCACCGCCGCCGCUGUCGUGGCGAUGAAAAAGGGCGGCUCCAGCCACCGCCGGAAGAGCGCCGCGCGGUCUUCCGCUAACCCGACAGCUGGUCGGCUAUCGCUGCGCCAGGCGGGGUCAGGGGGCGACCAGCUGUUAGGCCCGCAACCACCGCGGGAGGGGGGGAACGACGACGAUGAGGAGAGUAGCUCCAACCCGUCGCUGCUUGAGCGUUCGGAGGUGGACGCCAUCCUGUCGGAAGCGGCCUCGGCGAGCGGUGGCGCCGGUGUCGAAGGCGAUGCCAACCUCGACGAUGCUGCCGCCGUUGCUGCUGGGGUGCGGGAGGGGGGCGGAGAGAGCUACAAGACGGAGGUUGAGGACGGGCUCAGGGCGCUGAUGGGAGAGAUCGGCUUCGGGCAAGAGGAAGUGGCGGCGUACAGCCUGGAAGAGCUGCUGCUGCUGAGAGAGGAGCUCGAAAAGGAAUGGGCGGCUGCGGAAACGGAGGAAGUGUCGCCUUCCCUCAAGACGGAGAAGCGCGGAGGAGAGCUGAGACGAGCUGGAUCCGCCGAGGAAGAGGAGGAAGAGGAGGAGGAGGAAGGGGAGGAGGAGGAUAGAGAUGCGGAGCCCCCUUGGGAGCGCCACUCGCUGUCGCUUCAAGAGAGGCUGGGCUUGUCGGACGAAGAGGUGGAAAAACUCAGACGAUCACCGCGAUCAGGUCUCGCUCUCAGCGGAGGCGUCCUUGAUUCCUCCGAUUCCAGGGGGGCCGCGGCGGACGCGUCCCCUGGGUUGGAUGCCGGCGGUAGGGGGGGCACCGCGGAUGGCGUGAAGGUAUCCCCCGGGUCGGGUGUGGUUGAAUACGGUCGCGAGGCUGCCGCUGCGGCUGCGGCUGCGAGCAGGAUGAAGGAGAGGCUGACAGGGAGAUCGGCGGGAGGCCCGCAGACAGCUGUCGGCUACCUCCUGGGGGAGCUGCGCAUGAGGCCCGAAGAGGUGAAGGAUGCGGUGUUGCGGUGGCCAGCUCUCAUGUCGCUCUCCAAGAGGGGCCCCCACGCGGUGACCUCGUGGCUGCAGGGCGGGCUGGGGCUUAGCACGGACGACGUCGGUAAGAUGAUCAGGAAGAACCCGGCCAUCGUGGCCUGCAGCAUCGUGCACAACCUGCGGCCGAAGCUCCGGCCUUGGUCUUAG